AUGUUGAUCCUGGACGAUUUCAAAUACUUGAUGUGCAGCUUGAUGCCAAGGGAGAAAAAGCAAAUUCGAGUCGAAGUAAGUUCAAAAACGGGAAAUUUGGGGCUAAAUACAGUGCAACUUGUGCAUAAAAAACUUUUGUACAACGAAAGCUCCGUAUAACAAACAUUUUCAAAGGUCUCAAGCGUCGACUUUCGACCGAAUAUACCGAUUUUAGACCCUGUACAACGACGCACAUUUUUAUAACAAAUAAUUUGAUCGGUUUCUCUCCAUUCGUUGUACAAAGAUUUUACAGACGUUUAUUUCCUCCGUAUUUUACAAAAAAAUUCAAAAUUUGCGCAGUUUUACCCAUCUUCCCAAGUGUUCGUCCCAAUUUCUCUCUCGUAGCGCAUUUCGUUUCCUUUCAAAAACCGUGGGGGUAUAGCUCAGUGGUAGAGCGCCCGCUUCGCAUGCGGGAAGUCAGGGGUUCAAACCCCCUUACCUCCAAAUGUCCCAUUUUUUUGUCUUUUUUCGCAAUUUUCAAAAGUUCUUUGGUUGAUUUUUGAUCAAAUUAAUCAAAAACAGUCUUUGAGGAGUCUUUCAUCUUACACUUGAUAUGCGGACGGCUCCAAUUUGUUGUCAUCUUCCUCAGAAUUUGACCUUUGUCCCCGUCAUUCUGACGAAAACACCAAAACUUUUCACCGUCUUCCAUCGAGAAGCCCACUAAAGCCGGCUGUAAUAAUUUCGGGCCCUAUUCAGUGCAUUGAAACUCAAUGAACGUUCCCAUCCAUCUUGCUCACGUCUGACCCCACCCCAUACGGUGGGGGGAAGAGCGGCGUCUUCGCGGGAGGCGUUCUCAUUCGUUGGGGGGACUUUGAUCCGCGUUAUAAAUAGCGCAACCGGCAUGGAGAUGUUGUUCGUAUACCGUGUUACAGCGGGAUUCACGUUUUUUGCGGAGGGUGUAACGUGGGUUACACUCGUAUUUACCCUGUAUAAAUAGACCGGUAAUUGGUCUAUUAAUUAUUUCUUAUCAAAAAAAGUUAUUCUCGGAGAGUUCUUACUACAAAAAUCGAUACGAUUCUUUAAAUCUCAUCAUAUUGCGCAACAAACUAGCUAAAAUUUCUGGUGAUUACUAUUAUAAUUACUAAUCAAUAUUCAAAAUGGGGUUCAACAGAAUACGAGACAUUGACGCAAACUCAGACACUCAACCCAUAUUACAGCUAACGCCGUGGCGAUCGAUAGUUGUUGGCGCCUUCUUGGAAUGUUGUUUGGGCCUACAGAUGUCUAUGUAUUUUGGACCAGCAUGGCCAUUUCUUGAACAGGUGAGUGGAAGAUUACUAUUCGCCUCUCCUCAUUUUUCAUAGUUUCUGGCGUCGUGACAACUCGGUCGCUAGUACUAGUAGUAUUAAAGUAAAUAUUAAAACUUCGAUAUAGUCUGUCGGGAAAAUAAUGAGCGCUCCGUCGCAUCGAAAAUCGCAUCGCCGCCGAGAAAAUGAAUUGUGUCGCGGUAAAAUCAAAUUGCUUUUCACUUCAGCAACGCGAUUGACGCAGCGACAUUGGGUUCAUUAUCAUUAUUUUCCCGACAGACUGAUAUCUCAAAUUGUCAGACGAAAAAUAUGGAUCCUUUGCGGAACUUGACUCAACGGUUACCCAAAAAAGUUGGAUCGGUUAGCCAAAAGCUUUGCGUCAAAGCCAUAAACGUGCCAUACAAACAUUUCAUAUGGAAAUUCAGAGACGAUCGAACUAUUUGGCUAGUCAUUGCGACAAGUUCCGGAAUCAAUCCGUUUUUUGGCUUGCAAUGGUGUAAGAGGCUGUCGGGAAAAUAAUGAGCACAAUGUCGCUGUCGCUGAAGUAAAAAGCAAUCUGAUUUUGCCGCUACACGAUUCAUUUUCUCGACGGCAAUGCAAUUUUCGAUGUUCCUCAUGUCAAAUUGAACUUUUUCCGGAAAAUUUUUGUACAUUUUUACUAAAAAAUCAGGAACUAAAUUUCCCCUUUUCUGUAAAACGCCCGAUGAAAAAACAGUAAAACCAGUUACGCCCAAUAUUGACGGUAUUUAUCAUAGUCUACGUUAAACUCAGUCAGAAUUUUCAAUGUAGCCAAAAUGACGAAAUUUGACGCUAAUUUGACAUCACGAUGACGUCAAGCUGAAAAAAAUCCGGUCAAAUUAACAACCCUAUUUCAACUUUCUAUUAUAUUGGGGGCCUACACUUGCCGGCAACCACUUUGCGGGCAGUUUGAAACACCACGGAGAUUCUGCGGACAUUUUAUGCAAUCAGCUAAAAAUUGCUUACAACUGGAAAUUCAAACGAUGGGCUUGGUGACUAAAUGUUGCGGAUUAAGUUUCAAGGUGUAUAAGAGGCUUGAACAGUAAUCCCAAGCUUGUCCAGGCAUAUUUUACUAUUUUUUUGAAAACAAACUCCCAUAACUUUGAAAGCAGUGGCUAAAUUUAAUAGAUUUGUGUACUUAUCACUACCAGGAUGUUGUCAAUGUAAAAUUUCUGUCAUACUACGCAGAUUACGGGACGGAAAUUAUAAUUCUAAUCAAAAAAUGUCGGCUGGCCGCAAAGUGGUUGCCCGCAAGUGUCGCGACGCCCCAUAUUUACUUUGAUGCUGGUUGUCCAGUAAAAGUAAAUGACCUACUGGUAUUCCAUUGACCAUUUUCUCCACUUUCAGAUCGACAAAACCGCAACCGAAAACUUCUUCGGCUACAUAAUCGCUGCGUAUUCACUGUCGCAAAUCCUGACCGGCCCAAUAAUCGGGCACUGGUCUCAGACUCUGCAUUCAAUCAUCAUGCCCGCACAAGCCUGUCUUUCGCUAACCCUGAUCAGCAACCUGCUUUACAUUGCGAUUCCGGCGUUCCCCGGCCACUGGAAGUAUGUGAUGUUGGUGGCGCGUGUGCUCGCGGGCUGCGGCGAGUGUGUCAUGUCGAUGACGAGGACCUAUUCCGCCACAGCGAGCUUGCCAAAGGACCGACAACGGGUCUUCGGGAUCUGCUCCACCGGCUACGGAAUCGGGUUUAUCAGCGGGCCCGUGGUGCAGCUGAUGUUCGACUACCUGGAAUACCCGGGAAUUGAGUUGUUCAUGGGCAUACGUCUCAACAUGUACACGGCGGGACCGGCGUUAUGCGCUGUGAUGACGGUUUUGAGCAUGUUUAUGCUGGCGUUUGUUUUCGAAGAGCGCUAUGCGGGCCUGGCCAACAUGAGGAGGAACUCGGAGAUCACGGUUAAGGUCCCGAAAUUCGACAAAGUCGCCGUGUUCUUGUGCUACUUGACUCGAUUCUGUCAACUUUUUGCAUUCAGCAAUGCUGAGGCGUGAGUUUUUUUUUUUGUAAAAUACGAAGUUUUUUCAGAAAAAGCAAUUUACAGGGGACGUCCUAACUCCAAGUGCGACGCUCAGAUUUUCAUGAAACUUGGCACCAAUUUAGAACGAUUUUUGAUAAGAUAUAUGCGAGAAUCCUAGCUCGCGAUUUGCAGAAACAACCGAGAUUUUUAGAUCGAAAGUCGGCCAAAAUUUAGGACUUUUUGCCGAAUUUCGGUACGAAAAGUUUUAUGCCUAUUUCAACCGUAAAAGAUAAUAUUUCUACAAAAAAUCAAGCUUUUCCGCACGAAACUGCCAAAGUUAUGGCCAAAAAGCGUUUUUCUCUCUGACCGCUCUCCAUGUUUAGCGUGCUCUCUCUGCGGCAAAAAUCGUUGGAUAUCUCGGCGGCGCCCGCAAAGCGCGAGCUAAAACUUUCAGGAAUUGAUAGUUAGUCCACACCCGACGUGUGUGCAAAAUUUAAAGAAAAUCCGAGCGUCGCACUUGGAGUACUUCCCCUGUUAAAAAAAUAUUUUUUUUUUCAGAUUAUGCUUCUAAAAAUGCAUUUUUUUCAGAUUAGGCGCUACAUUUUUGAUGAUAAUGUUCUCGAAAACCAACGCAGAAGCUGUCGGCUAUUUGGCCAAGGUGUAUGCCGUUCAAGGCGUACUGAUUUUGAUGACAUACCUCAUGUUUGUGUUUGUCAAAAUGGAAAAAUUGUAAGUUGGCUUCAAAUUUCCAGCUAUUACUCUGAUCCAUUGGCAAAAAACGUAUAAUUUUGCAUCCGGGAAGUAUCAAAAAUGUGGCAAAAUACCUCCCAUUACAAUAAAUAAAAACUCCGUUUUGAAAUGCGCGCCCUUUCAAUCACAAAAAGAGCUUUUGAAAUCGGAGUUUUUUUUCACUUGGAGAGGGAGGUAUUUUGCUGCAUUUUUGGUACUUUCCGGAUGUAAAAUGGUACGUUUUACGUUUUUUGCCAAUGGAUCAGGCCCGCCACAGUACAGCAGGCACGAAGAAAUCCACAAAAGUAUCAAAAAGUAUCCAUUUCUUCAAAAAACUUAAUUCACAACCAAAAUUUUCAAAAAAUCAUGGCCAUUACAACAAUCAUGGUCAGAAGGGAAAAAAUUCCAAGAUUUUUUUGAGAAUUUUGGUUGUGAAUUAAGUUUUUUUUGGAAGAAAUGGAUACUUUUUGAUACUGUAGCAAACGUCCCUCAAACAGUGUCUAAAUAAGAGUUGCAACAACGGCCAACACACCAGACUUUAAAUUUCAGCAUUGAAUUCCGAAAACUAGCGAUGAUCUGCCUUGGAGGCUUCUUACUCUACCCUCUGAUGACAUUCCCCUGGCCCUUCCUCUCCGGCCAUCUCCAAACCUACACCGCCGCCGAUGUCCUCGCAUUCAAAGCGGGAAAUCUGACGCAAGAACCGGUGGGAUGUCCCAAACAGCGUUUCAGCUGGUGCGAUUCCACCCCGCCGAUCAAUGAGACCCUCUUCGCCGUCGCGUUUAUCAUUUCUUUGGGAUGCUUCAUCCAUGCGCUGACGGUAACCCUGUCUACGUUGUUCUCCAAGGUCCUGGGACCUCGGCGACAGCCGCGGCAGCAGAGCUAUCUGCAGGCCAGCGGCAGUUUGGGAAGAAUGUUGGGACCUAUAGUCAUGAGGUGAGUUUUGAUGAAUAAUAUUGCAAAUUCACUCAAAUUUUGAUGGUUUAAUACCCCUUUUUUGCUUCUAGAUAAUAGAGUAAGGUCUUAGCUUUCGAUUGAGGCCCAUUAGUUAUAAUAUAUUUUAUCGCCUUAGGCAUUAAAUGAAGUUUUUCUCUGACUGCCCCACUUUUUCAUAGAUUUUUCCAUUUUCUCACAAUUUCAGGCUAAUUUGACCUUGGAAAAAGGCUUAGCUAGUCUAUAAAACAUUAGCAUUAACUUAGCGAUCAAUAAACAGUAAUAUUUCACCAAUAUUCCUUCUAAUCCACCUACUUUCAGCAACUUAUACACAAUUUAUGGGCCUAAAAUCGCAUGGACCUUCGAGCUCGCGGUUCUUGGACUCGCGCUACUCUUAUGGGUCGCCUUCUACAAGCGAAUGGUCCCUCUGCAAAUCCCAGAAGAGCUAGAUGUCCACAAACAGAAGAAACCGAUCGAAAACGCCGCCUGA